UAAAAAGCCAUAAAUUUAUUGUAAAUCCAUUAAGUACCAGAAUGUCACUCAUACAGAACAGAUCAGUGAUCCUGUGGUGGGUUUUUUUUUUUUUUGCUUCUCAACAUUUGCACCCCUGAUUGUUGACAUACUGAAAUGGGUAUACAUUUUCUUGUCUCAUGCAGUAUACAGAUUGAACUUAAGAGUAGAUCCCUCAGAAAUCAGUUAUAAAUAUUAAAUCGUCUUGAACAUUCGUAGUACAAAAUAACUUGUAAAGUGCUGAAGUCACAUACAUCUGCAAACCUGCCCACGAGCCUGAAGUAUUUCUCGGGGACAGCCCCACAGAGCUUGGCUACAUCCAUCCGGUUUCAGGUGUUUCUGCUUUUCUGGACAGACAACGUCUUCCAGUCACUCACCCUCCCCAAAGUUUUACAGAUUGUCCUAUUUCUAUGGCUGAUAAGAUGCUGUAUUAAAUGUGGCAGGUGGUGACAAGCCACACCCCCUCCAUCUCAGUGCAGAGAAAAGAUUCAAGCUUGUGUGUACUUGUAACCAGACUAGGCUUGUUCUACGUUUCCCCCUGAGUGGUCCUUAACAGUAAAGAUGAGGAAGGGCAGAGCAGCAAAGCAUCGGUCACCCUGUCUGUGAGAUGCCUUCAAACAGGUGAGGAAGCACCCCCUCUCCCCAUCCUUACACUGCCCCCUUUACAGAGAUCUGCUAGAAUGCAGAACACUAUACACAAGUGUAGUGUAACUCUCCAACAGCAGUGACCAGGUACCUGGUACCCAUGGCAACUUAGGGCAAUCAAGUUCUACAGAAGAUGUAAAUUGCAACUUGUAACUCAGUGAUGGUGAUGUCUGCGUUUCUCCCAUUUCAGACGAAAUGAAGAAAUGCUUCAACAACAGAGUCACAGAUUGAAUAACAACAACAACAACAACAACAAAACCACUGGAAAUGUUCCAACAAUUCAAUGAAAUAUAAUUCUGAUCGAAGAAGAUCCUCAAGUAUUCUUAGCUGAUAGUGUAGACGCUGAGGCGAUUUGCCGUCUCUUAUUCCCCACCCCCAUUUAAAUAGCACAAUGUUGCCUUUAACAACACCAGAAGAAUUGCUACAACUUGGGCUGUGGAGAACUGACAUUAUGAGACCAGAAAAGCUCUCCGAAGCAUUUAUAGAACUACAGAACAGAGGGGGAAGAAACUGUUGAGCCAGUUAAACACUCGAAGAAGAAGGAAAACAUCUGUUGGCAUGGAAAAGUGAUUAUUUUCCCAAGCUACCGAGUAAAACACAACAGUCCUGGCUGUUUCAACUCGGGUUUCUUGUCAGAUUUUGUUCUUUCAGGAAACCUUACAGAAACCUCCACCAUCUGGAACUCAGAAACUCAUUUGGGAGCUGACUGUGGCUUCUAGAACAUCCAGGUGUUCUGCAGAUGUGAGAAUGUAUCCCGAGGUCACCAGAUGAAGUCCUAAAUAGAUGCAAGGCAAGGCUUGUGUGGCGGCCUUAGCCACCCUGAGUGCAAAGGGUCACUUCUUUGCUAAGUGGCCAAGAGUGGUUAUUGACACUGAUGUCUGAAUGUUGCACCCGGACAGUCAUCUGAUUAAGCUGAGAUGAGAAGACAUCUUGAGAAGGCCAACCCAACUUAGGGGUGACACAUUCCUGAUUCUCUUGGAUUAGGAUUCCAUAUGGGGACCUUGUUUCUGUAGCCCCUGUUAUCCCCAUAGCCAUUACUAACUAACACCAGUGUGCUUUUGACAACCAGACUCCUUGGUGACUUCCUGCACUGAAGGUGAACAAAGAGAAAACUCUCUGAGAGAUUCAUAGUGGUGGUCGGUUAUCACUUUACCGAGACAACGGGAGCCUUUGUGUCCUACCAUGGGCUGGCUCUUCCUAAAGGUUGUGUUGGUUGGCAUGUCUUUCUCUGGAUUCCUCUACCCUCUUGUGGAUUUCUCUAUCAGUGGGAAAACAAGAGCCCUCAAACCAAACAUGGUGAUCAUUUUGGCUGAUGACAUGGGAUGGGGUGAUCUGGGAGCAAACUGGGCAGAAACAAAGGAUACCACCAAUCUUGACAAGAUGGCUUCCGAAGGAAUGAGGUUUGUAGACUUCCACGCAGCUGCUUCUACCUGCUCCCCGUCCCGAGCCUCCUUGCUUACUGGCCGGCUGGGUCUGCGGAACGGAGUCACGCACAACUUUGCAGUCACCUCUGUAGGGGGGCUCCCACUCAACGAGACCACGUUGGCAGAGGUGCUGCGACAGGCUGGUUACGUCACUGCCAUGAUAGGCAAGUGGCAUCUUGGGCAUCAUGGCUCUUAUCACCCCAAUUUCCGUGGCUUCGAUUACUACUUUGGAAUUCCAUAUAGCAAUGAUAUGGGCUGUACCGAUGCCCCAGGCUUCAACUACCCACCUUGUCCAGCAUGUCCGCAGAGUGAUGGCCUAUGGAGGAGCCCCGAGAGAGACUGUUACACAGACGUGGCCCUUCCUCUCUAUGAAAACCUGAACAUCGUAGAGCAGCCAGUGAACCUGAGCAGCCUUGCACAGAAGUAUGCAGAAAAGGCAGUGGAAUUCAUUGAGCAGGCAAGCACCAGUGGAAGACCCUUCCUGCUCUACGUGGGCCUGGCCCACAUGCAUGUGCCUUUGUCUGUAACUCUACCAUUGGCACACCCACAGAACCAAAGGCUGUACCGUGCAAGUCUCUGGGAGAUGGACAGUCUGGUAGGGCAGAUCAAGAACAAAGUUGACCACGUGGCGAAAGAAAACACACUCCUCUGGUUUACAGGAGACAAUGGCCCAUGGGCUCAGAAGUGUGAGCUGGCAGGCAGCGUGGGUCCCUUCAUCGGAUUGUGGCAAACCCAUCAAGGGGGAAGUCCAGCUAAGCAGACCACCUGGGAAGGUGGGCAUCGGGUCCCAGCACUGGCUUACUGGCCUGGCAGAGUUCCAGCCAAUGUCACUAGCACCGCCUUGUUAAGCUUGCUUGACAUCUUCCCCACUGUGAUAGCUCUGACAGGAGCUAGCUUGCCCCCAAAUCGGAAGUUUGAUGGACUGGAUGCCUCUGAGGUGCUCUUUGGCAAGUCACAGACGGGGCACAGGGUACUGUUCCACCCCAACAGUGGGGCUGCUGGAGAGUAUGGCGCCCUGCAGACUGUCCGCCUGGACCAUUACAAGGCCUUCUACAUUACUGGUGGAGCCAAAGCUUGUGACGGGAGUGUGGGUCCUGAGCAGCACCACGUCCCCCCUCUCAUUUUCAACCUAGAAGAUGAUGUUGCUGAGGCCGUGCCUCUACAGAAGGGAAGCCCCGAGUACCAGGAGGUGCUGCCGAAGGUCACCAGGGUUCUUGCAGAUGUCCUCCAAGACAUUGCUGAUGACAACAGCUCCCGAGCAGACUAUACUCAGGAUCCUUCAGUGACUCCAUGCUGUAACCCUUAUCAAAUUACCUGCCGUUGCCAACCGGUCUGAUAGGUUUUUUUUUUUUUUUUUUUUUUUUGUUUUUAAUCCCGCAUGAGAAAUACUCUCUCUGGAAAUUUUAGGCAGGUGGGUUUACUUCCAAAUUUCAGUUUGGUCAUGGACGUCUAUUUAGAAAGGAAGUUGCGGCAUUUGGUUAGGAAGCUCCAGCGUUAGCUCUCUCUGUGUGGACUGUCUUCUCUGCAUGCCGGCUUGAGAAGCACUGAGCACUGGAAGAAUGGACACAGGUAUAGGUCAGCACUAGGGGGCUAUGGAGUCACCGCCUAGGUCCAAGCCCUAGGUUUUAAGCUUGGGCAGUGACUUAAAUCUCAAUUGCAAGUUGAUUUUGAAGGUUAACGUAACACAUGAGGCUGCGUGCGUUUCCCUGACACCAGGCAGAACCUCAAUAUUUUAGUUUCUAUCUUGUGCCCCCAGUUUCAGUAGCCAUUUCAGCAUAAACUUCUUAUCUG